AUGGCUUUGCUACGACGAUACAGCUUUUACACCUUGAUGACUGCAGCCUUUGUUUACUUUCUCUAUUCACUCAGUUUCCCAUACGAGGUCGAUAGCUCCGCGCCGUUAGUAAACACCGGUUCUGGACGAGAAGACCACCGACCGCAAAAACAGCAAAAGUACAAGUCGUUCAAUUGGGCGAAAGUUCCAAUCAAGAAUCGCGUGUCGUCGUAUAUUCCGUUGCCCACGUCCGCGCCAGCCAAAAUUCCCAGGAUACAGUUUGAUUUCUCGAAGAAGCUGGAAGAUGCGACGGCAAAGAACAUUCGCGAGACACGCAAAGAGGAAGUAAGGAAGCAGUUUUGGAAGUGCUGGAGCCAUUACAGAGCGUAUGGGUGGAUGCACGAUGAGAUUCGGCCGAUAAGCGGGGAGGUGUCGGAUCACUUCGGUGGAUGGUCGGCUACGCUGAUCGAUGCCUUGGAUACACUAUAUAUCAUGGGUUUCGAGGAGGAGUUCAACACGGCAUUGCCGGACGUGGAGAUGAUUGACUUUGGCUAUACAGAUAUGGACAAGGUCAAUGUCUUUGAGACGAACAUUAGACAUUUGGGUGGGCUCUUGUCGGCGUAUGAACUGAGCUCGGAUAAGAGGCUGUUGAACAAGGCGAAGGAGGUGGGUGAAAUGUUGUACCAUGCCUUUGACACGCCAAACCAUAUGCCGAUUACGCGCUGGGACUUCCGUGCUGCAGGAGAAGGCAAGCCUCAGGUUGCGGAUGAACAGGUUUUGCUUGCAGAGAUCGGCUCGCUGACAAUGGAGUUUACUCGCCUGUCGCAACAUACAGACGACCCGAAAUGGUACGAUGCGGUGACUCGAGUGACAAGACUGCUGGAAGAGCAGCAAAGCAAGACAAAAAUUCCCGGCAUGUGGCCCAUCGUAGUCAACGGGAGGAACGCCGACUUUACAGAGGACAGCGGCUUCACCCUGUCCUCCAUGGCUGAUUCCACCUACGAAUACUUCUGCAAGAUGUACGCCCUACUUGCCGGUCAAGACGCCAUAUACCGCAAAAUGUACGAGAAGUCCAUGGAUAUCGCGGCCGAAAAACUCAUAUUCCGUCCAUCCAUGCCCGAGGACCCGGAUAUGCUUGUCUCAGGCUUCUUGCGCGUUGAAGGGUCGACUGAGUUUCUGGACCCGCAGAUGCAGCACUUGGGAUGUUAUGCGGGUGGCAUGUACGCGCUUGGCGGCAAAAUAUUUCAGAAAGAGGAGCAUGUGGCUAUCGGGCGCAAGCUUACAGAUUCAUGUGUGUGGGCGUAUAAGGCCUCGCCGGCGGGUAUCAUGCCUGAAGUUUCGCAUCUGCUCAAAUGCGCAAACACCACAUCUUGUGCCUGGAGUGAAGAAGCCUGGCAUGAGGAAAUUGUAUCAAGGACAGAUGGUAACAGGGAAAAGGAUCCAUUGAAAAAUAUUGCCAAUUUGCGCCUGCCAAAGGGUUUCACAGCGAUUGAUGAUCGUCGCUAUGUGCUUAGGCCGGAGGCAAUUGAGAGCGUAUUCAUAAUGUAUCGUCUCACGGGUGAGCAGCAAUGGCAGGCUGCAGCAUGGGAUAUGUGGACUGCGAUACAGAGGAGCACGGAUACAGACAUUGGGAAUUCUGCGUUGAUGGAUGUCUCUGCGGAUACUCCGCCAAGGCUAGAUAGUAUGGAGAGCUACUGGAUGGGAGAAACACUCAAGUACUUCUACCUCAUCUUCAGCGAACCAGACCUCAUUAGCCUAGACGACUGGGUCUUCAACACGGAAGCGCACCCCUUCCGGAUCCCGAAAGCGCACGAAAAAUCAAGAUUUAAACAGAAGGAGAAGAGCAAGGAGAAAAGCAAGGAGAAAAGCAAGGAGAAAAGCAAGGAGAAGUCGAAAGCGGGUCAGGGAUUUCUGUCCUAG